AUGGUGAUAAUAAGGGGCACAGUGUACCUCAUCACUUUACCCACGUUACUAGUAAUGAUGCUAUUAGAGCAAACAAGGGCUCUCGCGACUCUUCAAGAAGUAUUCAAUCAGGGAGAUCAAUCGUUAUCUAUAGCUUCUGCAGUUGAUGGUAAAUUUUUCUUAGCUCACAAUGAUAGUGCAAGCUCCGCAAUCAAAGAAGAAAUGUUAGUUUCAACAAAGAAUGCUUUAAUUGAUCUAAAUGGGAAUAAGACUACAUGGAUUCCCGAACAUAUUAGAGCCAAAUUAGAAGAAUGGAUUACAGUUGGUGGGUAUGCAUCAUGGUUUUUCCAAUAUUUUCUUGGUCAAGGUAUAACGAGAGCCAGGCAACAAUAUUAUGCCAGACAAGAAUGGCCAUUAGAUCGUUUUGUUUGUGGAUCAGAUUUCACCAUUAGGCCCAGAUUUGAUCCAAUUAAUGAUACAUGGGUUUCAUAUUUAAAUUUAUUAGAAGUUUCAACUAGUGGUUAUAGUUGUGAAAAUUUAUCAUAUUCUGAUGCAAUGAUGGCUGGUAAUGAAAAAAUUGAUUUUUUAAUGAGUAGAAAUACAAGUCUAUCCGAUAAUAUUGGAUUUUCGUUUAAUUAUUCACUUAAUGUCAAUGUUACAUUAAAGGUAGAGUGUAAAUGUCACCGACUUCAAUCUCCAAUAAAAUUAUAUGGGGUAAGAAAUAUUAAAUGUAAUAAUACAUGGGAAGAUAUCAAACAGCGAGAAUUGAAAGAAUCGAAAGAAUUGAAAAUAUAG